GUUACGCAUUUCGCCCGGCGUGCUCGCUCCGUAUAUAAUAAACACACAGACACACAGACACACACUUAUUCAAUGUGAAACGGUAAAAAAAAACUAUUGUGACCGGUCAAUGUGCUUAUUGUUGUAAAAACAAGCAGGACUAGGCUGUUAUUUCUAGCAAUUAAAAGCAAUGAUACGAGUGUCCUCGCUACUAUCGUUACCAUCUUUAGUAGUGAUUCCCAGGUUCACCACCACCACCACCACCACCACCACACUGAUAACCUUUGGUCGUCGUCGUCGUCAUCGUAAUCGUGGUGGCAAUUAUUGUUUAUUUCGAAGCGACAGCGACAGGCACGGGUCUCUCCUCUUUUCUCUCUUCUGUUCUUCGGCCACAUCUGGAACGAUGAAGUUUGUGCAGUUCGAAAGACGGUGCAACGGUAAUAAAAAGAAAGCACUUGGUGUUGAAACGGUGCACAAUGGUAAACAUGUGAUUGUCGAUUUAAAUUUAGCAGAUCCGUCCAUUCCGAUGGACAUGAGAACAUUUCUUGACGAUAACCACAACAACUUAAUUAAAGCAUUAAAGGUGGUUGAAAACUCAAAGUGUUCAAGUGUAAAGGAAGAUGUGAAGUUAUUGUCACCAAUUACAAAUCCUGAUAAAUUAAUUUGUGUUGGUAUGAACUACAAAGACCACUGUGAAGAAAUGAAUAUUGCUCUGCCCGCAGAACCGGUGAUCUUUAGUAAGUUCUCCAGCUGCAUUGUUGGUCCAACGGAUAAUGUUGAAUAUCCCAAAGAAACGACACAACUUGAUUGGGAAGUGGAACUGGCCAUCGUUGUCGGUAAAGAAGGGAAGAAUAUUUCCCUCAAAGAAGCAAUGUCUUACGUGUUUGGUUACACUGUUGCCUUUGACGUGAGCGCCCGAGACUGGCAGCUGCAGAAAAAUGGACAACAAUGGCUUCUGGGGAAAUCUAUGGAUACGUUUUGUCCUUUGGGACCAUGCAUUGUUAUGAAAGAAGACAUUGCUGAUAUAGGAAACCUUGGAAUUCGAUGCCGAGUGAAUGGAGUACCAAAGCAGAAUAGUAAUACUUCAAUGCUUGUACACAGUGUGGAGAAACUAAUUGUCUUCAUAUCUCGGUUUGUCACUUUGAAACCCGGGGAUGUAAUUCUAACUGGAACCCCUCUCGGGGUUGGUGUCUUCAGAAACCCUCCAGAAUUUUUAAGUAAGGACCAUGUAAAGUGUCAAAUCAGAUUGUUUAACAAAGUGAAUGUCUCUAUUGGUGAUUGAAGUACUGCAGCUGGC